AGAGAAAAUGGCGAAGCUUCUAAUUCUCCAGGCGCCUCAAGUAGUCUUUAGCAGUAGUAGGUCACUGGUCUCCGUGACGACGGCUUUAUACAGAAGACCUCUCCUCCUGAACUCCAGUUUCACCUCUUCGGAUUCGCAUUCAUCAUCCCAUAUCGUUCCUCGUCUUCGUUCUCGGAGAUUCUCGGCUCGUGCCUUUGACGAUUCACCUGCUUCCUCGGCUGAAUUAGAGAAAGAUCAGCCACGGGAUGGAGCUUCCCCAGUGGUAAGAGAUGAGGAGUAUCCUACAGGAGAAAUGGUGUAUGAGGAUAGAAACGCAUGGGAGAGCUUUGUAGUCAAGUUCCGGAUGCUCUUUGCUUAUCCUUGGCAGCGUGUUCGCAAAGGAAGCGUCUUGACUAUGACUCUGCGUGGCCAGAUCUCUGAUCAGCUGAAGAGCCGUUUCACUUCAGGGCUUUCCCUGCCCCAAAUCUCUGAGAAUUUGGUGAAAGCUGCAUAUGAUCCUCGUAUCGCUGGAGUCUACCUUCACAUUGAGCCUUUGAGUUGUGGGUGGGGAAAGGUUGAAGAAAUUCGAAGGCAUAUAUUGGAUUUUAAGAAAUCAGGGAAAUUUAUUGUGGGGUAUAUCAACAUAUGUGGACUGAAGGAGUAUUAUCUUGGCUGUUCAUGCAGCGAGCUCUAUGCUCCGCCUAGUGCCUAUUCCUUUCUAUAUGGUUUGACUGUUCAAGCUUCUUUUCUUGGAGGUAAGUAUUGUUUCUUCUUUGGCUCU